AUGGACUUUACUGGCAUUGAUCAUGGGGAUAAUAACAAGGAAGAAAAUCCAUGCGCUGAAGUUGAAAUUGGGGUCAAAUUUGAGCACACAAAUGAAGUUGAAUUUGGGGAUGGUAACAAGGAUGGAGAGGAUCCAUGUGCUGAAUUUGAAAAUGAGGACAUUGAGUCCGAUGAUAUAGACUUUUAUGUUGACAAUGACAACAUCUUAGAUGAUGUAGAAGUUGACAUGAAUGAUUUCAAUGAUAACAUUGAUAUUGAUGCAGAGUGGGUUGAGGGUAUGAAUGACAAUGUGGUACAAGAAGAGAAUGAAGUUGGAGAGCUUAAUGAAGUACUAAAUAACGAGGUACUUUUGUCAGGCUCAUCUUCGGAUGAAGGUCAAGCUGGUCAACGAAAGAAGACCAUCAAAGCUAUCCAACGAGCUCACGAUAAUGAUGAAGCAAAUGUUGUUGAACCAUUUUAUAUCCUUCAAACCUUUAAUACAACCCAAGAGUUUAAAGAAAGAGAUAAACUCCAUGCUAUUGAGACAAGAAGGGAACUUGGUUUUGAAAAAAUGACAAGACUAGGUGGGGAAGGUCAACAAGAAGUCAACAAUGAAGAUGAAGAGAAGUGCUCGUGGAGCCUCCAUGCUAGUAAAUGGAAACGUGAUGUAAACUGGAUGGUCAAAUCUUACAACAAAGAACAUCGUUGUCUCCAAACUCGGAAUGUUAAAGCCUGUACUUAUAAGUUUCUCGCAAAAAAUAUUGCAACUCAGGUGGAAUUUAACCCAACUAUUCCAAUUUUUGCUUUACAAGAACAACUGCAACAUGAUUACCAAGUGGGAAUUUCCAAGAUGAAAGUGUUUAGGGCUAGAAAUGAAGCUCUCAAUCAGGAUGAUUUGGGUUUAGGAACCAACUCAAAUUUUACGUUUAUGAUAGCCAGACAAAAGGGAGUGUUACCUGCUAUAGCAAAGUUGUUUCCAUGCGUUGAGCAUCGUUAUUGUCUUCGUCAUAUCCAUGAAAACAUGAAAGCUAAUUGGAGGGCAAAGCAAUUCAAAGACCUGCUAUGGGAUUGUGCAAAAGCAUCUAUUGUUCAACAGUUUCAACAAUCAAUGGAGGAACUUAGAAAACUUAAUAAUGAUGUGUAUGAGUGGCUUAAACCUCAGCAUUGGUCUCGUUCACACUUUACAUGUAGAGCUCAUACAAAUGCUAUGCUUAACAAUAUGUGUGAAUCUCUAAAUAGCAAGAUUGUUGAAGGUCGUGAUGUACGAAUCAUAACAUGUUUGGAGUACAUUAGAGAGGACUUAAUAAAGAAAAUUGUAACUGUGCAAAAGGAAAUUGAUAAAGUUGUAGGUCCCUUGAAUCCUACAAAUACCAUAUGGGUCGAAAAACUGAAGAAAGAGGCUACACAAUUAAGGUCUGUUUUCUAUGGGAAUCGGAAAUAUCAAGUGGGAACUAAUAGGGAUACCAUGUGCACAUGCAAUAGCAACUAUGUGGGAGAUAUUGAAGAACAAAGAAAUUGA